AUGGCUGUUCCCUUCAACCUUGUACUCUCCUACUUUGUCGUGUUCCAUUUCUUGUGCGCCAUUGCAGACUACAGUGGACAAAACCCAGAAAAAAUUUCCCUCCUUUCCUUCAAAAAUGGUCUCCAAAACCCUCACGUUUUGGCUUCGUGGCACCCCUCAACCCCGCACUGCAACUGGGUUGGCGUCACUUGCCAACUCGGCCGAGUCACCUCGCUCUCUCUUCCAUCUCGCUACCUCAGAGGCACACUCUCUUCGUCCCUUUUCUCACUCUCGUCCCUCACUGUCCUCAACCUCGAUGACAACCAGUUUUCCGGCGAAAUCUCCGGCGAACUCGCUGAGUUGGUUCAGCUAGAAACUCUCAGACUCGGUUCCAACUCGUUCGCCGGGAAAAUUCCACCGGAGCUGAGCCUCUUGACAAAACUGCGCACCCUCGACCUCUCAGGCAAUGCCCUCACCGGAGAAUUACCGGGAAGCAUCGGAAACCUGACCAGGCUGCAGUUCCUGGACCUCAGCAACAACCUUCUCUCAGGUUAUCUUCCGAAAACUCUCUUCACCGGAACUCUUUCUUUGAUUUCUGUUGAUAUCUCGAACAACUCGUUUUCCGGUGCACUGCCACCGGGAAUCGGGAACUGGAGGAACCUCACUGCCCUUUACGUGGGGAUUAACAAGUUGUCGGGUACAUUGCCUAAGGAAAUUGGGGAGCUUUCGAAGCUUGAAGUCUUGUAUUCACCUUCCUGUUUCAUUGAAGGUCCAUUGCCCGAGGAAAUGGCAAAGCUCAAGUCGUUGACCAAACUUGACCUUUCUUACAACCCCUUGAGGUGUUCAAUCCCAAAGUUCAUUGGGAAGUUGCUGAAUUUGAAAAUCUUAAACCUUGUCUUUGCUCAGCUUAAUGGGUCUGUGCCAGCUGAGCUGGGAAAGUGUAGAAACCUGAGGUCUGUGAUGCUUUCUUUCAAUUCACUUUCUGGGUCACUGCCCGAGGAGCUUUCUGAGCUCCCCAUAAUAACUUUUUCAGCUGAGAAGAAUCAGCUCAAUGGGCCUUUGCCUUCUUGGCUAGGAAAGUGGACCAGUAUUGAUUCUCUAUUGCUUUCUGGCAACCACUUUUCUGGGGCAAUUCCACCUGAGCUUGGGAAUUGCUCAGUCAUGGAGCACCUUAGUUUGAGCAGCAACUUGUUGACGGGUCCCAUACCUGAGGAGCUUUGUAAUGCUGCCUCACUUUUGGAGAUUGAUCUUGAUGACAACUUUCUUUCUGGUACAAUUGAGAAAGCAUUUGUCGAAUGUAAGAACCUUACCGAGUUGGUUUUGAUGAACAAUCAGAUUGUUGGUUCUAUACCACAGUACCUUUCAGAGCUUCCCUUGAUGGUGCUGGACCUAGACUCCAACAAUUUUAGUGGAAAAAUACCUUCCAGUCUGUGGAAUUCAUCAACCAUGAUGGAAUUCUCUGCUGCUAAUAACCUUUUGGAGGGUUCUCUUCCUGCGGAGAUUGGGAAUGCAGUUAUUCUAGAGAGGCUAGUUCUUAGCAAUAAUCUACUGACAGGUUCUAUACCUAAGGAAAUUGGAAGUCUCACAAGUCUUUCAGUUAUUAAUCUGAAUGGAAAUAUGCUUGAAGGGAAUAUUCCAACUGAACUUGGUGACUGCCUUUCCCUUACUACAUUGGACCUUGGAAACAAUCAACUCAAUGGGUCUAUUCCUGAGAAACUGGUGGACCUAAGCCAAUUACAAUGCCUGGUUCUUUCUCACAAUAAUCUGUCUGGGUCUAUUCCUGCCAAGCAAUCUUCAUAUUUUCGACAACGUACCAUCCCUGAUUUGAGCUUUGUUCAACACCUUGGUGUAUUUGAUCUUUCUCACAAUAGAUUGUCUGGCACCAUACCUCAUGAAUUGGGGAAUUGUGUAGUGGUUGUGGAUCUAUUAGUCAGCAACAACAUGCUUUCUGGGAGCAUUCCAGGAUCACUCUCACGCUUGACAAAUCUUACAACUUUGGAUUUGUCUGGCAACUUGUUGUCAGGUUCCAUUCCACCAGAACUUGGAGAUGCCCUCAAACUCCAGGGUUUAUAUCUGGCACAGAAUCAACUCUCGGGUACCAUCCCUGGAAGUUUUGGAAACUUGAGUAAUUUGGUGAAGCUGAAUUUGACAGGAAAUAAGCUGUCUGGUCCAAUUCCAAUUAGUUUUGGGAACAUGAAGGAGUUGACACACUUGGAUUUGAGCUGUAACGAGCUCAGUGGCGAGCUUCCACCCUCUCUGUCAGGCGUGCAAAGCCUAGUUGGUCUUUACGUGCAGAAGAACAGGCUUUCUGGCCAAGUAGGGGAGCUCUUCUCAAACUCCAUGACAUGGAGGAUUGAGACAAUGAAUUUAAGUGAUAAUUGUUUCAAUGGGAACUUGCCACGAUCUUUGGGGAAUCUUUCGUCCUUGACAAAUCUGGAUCUUCAUCGAAAUAUGUUGACCGGAGAGAUUCCUUUAGACCUUGGGAAUCUAAUGCAACUGGAGUAUUUUGAUGUUUCAGGUAAUAAGCUAUCUGGAAAGAUUCCAGAGAAGUUAUGCAGCCUAGUUAAUCUGAAUUACCUAGACUUGUCUCAAAACAGAUUGGAGGGGCCUAUACCCAGAAGUGGUAUUUGCCAGAACCUAUCGAGAGUUAGAUUUGUGGGGAACAUAAAUCUUUGUGGCCAGAUGUUGGGUAUCAAGUGUCAGGUCAAAAGCAUUGGUAGAUAUUCAUUGUGUAAUGUAUUGCGGCUUGCUGAAAUUGCCAUUCCAGUCAUAUUAAUAACUCUAAGCAUUGCUUUUGUUCUACAUAGAUGGAUUAGCAGGAAGCAAAAUGAUCCUGAGGAAUUUGAGGAGCGUAAACUCAACAGUUAUCUGGAUCAAAAUCUUUAUUUCUUGAGCAGUAGCAGAUCAAAGGAACCUUUGAGUAUCAAUAUAGCAAUGUUUGAGCAGCCUCUUAUGAAAUUAACUUUGGUUGAUAUCCUUGAAGCUACUGACAACUUCAGCAAGACAAAUAUAAUUGGAGAUGGAGGUUUUGGAACUGUGUACAAGGCCACUUUACCUAACGGAAAAACAGUUGCUGUGAAGAAGCUUAGUGAAGCUAAAACGCAGGGUCAUCGUGAGUUCAUGGCUGAAAUGGAAACCUUGGGCAAGGUGAAGCAUCAAAAUCUUGUUGCAUUGCUGGGAUAUUGCUCAAUUGGUGAGGAGAAACUCCUUGUUUACGAAUAUAUGGUAAAUGGGAGCUUAGAUCUUUGGUUGAGAAAUAGGACUGGAGCCCUUGAAAUCCUUGACUGGAACAAACGUUACAAAAUUGCAACUGGUGCAGCUCGAGGAUUAGCUUUCCUUCAUCAUGGUUUCAUACCCCACAUCAUUCACAGGGAUGUUAAGGCUAGUAACAUUUUACUCAAUGAAGAUUUUGAACCGAAAGUUGCAGACUUCGGACUGGCAAGACUGAUCAGUGCCUGUGAGACUCAUAUCACCACCGAUAUUGCUGGAACAUUUGGUUACAUCCCACCAGAGUAUGGACAGAGUGGGAGGUCCACAACAAGAGGAGAUGUUUAUAGUUUUGGUGUCAUCUUACUUGAACUGGUGACUGGAAAAGAGCCAACUGGACCAGAUUUUAAAGAGAUUGAAGGUGGGAACUUGGUUGGAUGGGUUAGUCAGAAGAUCAAGAAGGGGCAGGCUGCUGAUGUUCUUGAUCCAACAGUUCUUGACGCAGAUUCAAAGCAGAUGAUGCUUCAAAUGCUGCAGAUUGCUUGUGUAUGCCUUUCUGAUAAUCCUGCAAACAGGCCUACCAUGCUGCAAGUACACAAAUUCUUGAAGGGGAUGAAAGGAGAGUAGUUGAAUAGAGUAAGUCAU